UUUCGCGCCGCCUAUACCCGUCUCUUUCGCGGCGGAGCAAGUGCGUCCGGAGAUUUGCUGACAAGCGGGUUUCGAUUUGAAUUUCGGUCUUCGGUUAUCGCUUUUUCGGGAUUUUCGUUGGUUUUUACGUAUGCAAAGCAUGUAGUUUGGCAUUACCGUUGUCACGACGCGUUAUAAAAAGUGACCACGCCCCCUCCUCCAACCUCCGCCCCCCACAAAACCAAUCGUUGAUUACCCACGGAAAAUUUCACUUUGCAUCGAAAGCUCGUUUUUGCAUACACAACAAUUAACGGAGGUCCCACUGUGCCCACCGGACUUGGACUCGAUUUCCUAAGCCGCACAAUAUGGACUUCCAUUUAGCGAUAUAACAUAUAUGUAUAUAGCAUUGAGAUUCUCGAGCGUGGAAUUAACAUAAAGUUUUACCCCCUGGCUGGCCUCCAAUUAGAAACCGCCAUAAAUGCAUAAGAAUUGUGCAGUGAAGUCCAUUCAAAGACUUAAUUAAGAAUUAUUAAUUAUUUAAUUGGCAUUACGCAAGCCAAGGUCGUUGGCUGAUAAAAUGCGAUAGUUUCCAGAAGUUUUACCUCUCACCUGCCCAAGACAAACGGAAAACAAACUAAUCAAAGACAAAAUCGCAUAAAUAAUUGCAAGAAAAAACCGAAUACAAACAAAAAAGCAAACCUCCAGCCAAGAUAUAUUAUAUGCUUUCGUGUUUAUAUAGCAAAGACUGAUUCAAGAAGAAACCCGUCUGACCCGUCCUCCCAAAAACAAUUUCUCGCUCUUGACUAAAUCCGCCAGCAAAGCCAUCAAUAAAACGUAUACAACACAGCAACAAAAUGCAAAUACUGGACAACAAAUAAUUUAACGAUAAUUUACAAAACGCCCGAGGCAGAAACAAAAGAAACAACAAGUUAAAUAAGAAAAGAGUCAAAUUGCAAAUUACACAGCCAAAAACACUUUGGAUAAGGCUUUCCGAGGAGUAACGAAAAUGUCUCAGUCGACGUCGCCAUCGACGUCGAAGUCGCUGCUUCUCGGCCGCAGCUUCUUUUUCUUCGUCACCAUCUGCGGCUGCUUUGCACAAGAUACUUCCAGCUACUAUUUCCCAUCGCAAAAUCGAUUUGUGCCAUCGUCCGGUUCCUUUCCCCGCCAGCAGCCGCAGUCGCUGAGUGGAUUCCGGGCCAGUUCCGGCGGAUUUGCUCCAUCGCCGGGCUCCUACCAGGAGCAGCUCCUCUUUAUAGCCAACGAAAACGCCAAGCAAUCGCCCGCGGCGUCCACUUCCCAAUUCGGAGCUCCAUUCGGCGGUAGUUCCCAGUUUGCGAAACCCAAUCGCCAGACGGACUUUUACGAUAUCUCGCCACGCCCCUUUGGAGUGCCGGCGGGGGCGGGGCCAGCGGCAGCGGGAGCGGGAUCUGGUGGAACGUCCGCAUCGUUGACCAACGGCUUCACACGCUCCAAGGCGAUACGGAAUGGAUCGGGAAACAGCCUGAGUGGCGGAUUCCAGCCGCAGACGCAGCGCAUCAAUGUGCCACACCAGCAGACGCAGUUUCUGGCCCACUUCAGCGAAAAUGGGAACGAGAAGCGUCCGGUGACCAGCAGUCGACCAUUUGGCAAUGGCGGAUUCUCACCCACCAGGACACGAACUCAGGCCCCGGUCUCGGCCCUCCCUGAGAACCCGGCCACUCCGGCAGGCACGCCCUUCCGGCCACGGAACCGCUAUCAGCCUGGCAGCUCCACUGCAUCCACCACGACCACGACCACGGGCAGUGCGGAGGUGAGCAGCAAGCGGUACAAUCGAUUUGGAGGCAACAGGGCGAAGCCCACCAGCACCACCACCACCUCGACCACUCUAAACACGCCUUCGGAGCGUCCCAGUUUUGGCAGGAAGUCUCCGAAUCCCCGGCGUCCAGUCUUCAUCAGUCGCGAGGUGAACGAACCAGUGAGUGUGGUCAGCAAACGGCCUUUUGACUACAGUGGAGCCAGGCUAAAGUUACCAGCCAGACCCACCGCCCGCACCACCAGCACCACCGAAAGCGCCGAGGAGGAGGAGGAGGAGGAGGCGCUGGACGAGGAGCAAGAAGAUGAGGAGCAGGAGAACAGCGAUGAGCAGUACGAGCAGGAGUCUGACGAGGGCACCGAAGAGCACUCGGAGUCCUCCAGCCUAGAGAAGUUACCGCUCCAGGAGGAGAGCGUCACCCCAGUGACGGUGGCCAAGAAUGAGGCAUCCUCACCAGCAGAGACCUCCGAACCCACGACCAUUUCGGAAACUGGUCAUGAGAGCAGCACCAGCAGCACCGAAGAAAGCCAAACUGAUGUCUCAGAAGUCACUAACGCAGAGGUUGAGGUCACCACCGAGCCCCCAGUUCAUGAGGAGGAGAUUGCCGAGGAGGCCACCACUAUUAUUCCACAGGAGAACCAAUCCACCGAGGAUCUCCAAGUGGAGGAACAAGCUGUGACCACUGAACCGCCGCUGGAGAACACCUCCAAGCAGGAAGAAGUCGAGAUCGAAAAGGCGCAGGAGAACUUAUCCAAACAGGAGGAUACAACAUCAUCCAAGCCAGAGGAGCACAGUUCAUCCAAUUCGGAGAUCAAAAGCGUGAGCAAGCAGGAGGAGCAGUCCGAAUCCCAAUAUGAUGAUGAAGGCGAAGGUGAGGACUACGAGUACGAAGAUGAGGAAGGCAGUGAGGACUCAACCAGCGAAGUGGAGAGUCAGGACUCGAAGCCAUCCACACCCAGUAGCGAGCACGAGGACGAUCGGGAAAUCAUCUCGGUGGUGACCACCAAGAGUGUGGUCAAUGGAUCCACAGUCCUACCCGUUCCGGUCACUCCCAGUUCCAAUACCAUAGCUGAAGAGGAGGAGGUGGCUUCGCAGGCUGAUCUGAAAGUGGAAACCACCACACCCAUAACACUUGAAGAGGAGAAGGGAACCAAUGCCACUGAGAACUAUGUGGUCGUGGCCUCCAUCCAACCCAGUCGUAGUAUCAAUGGGGCCAGGUUCCUGCCCUUCCCAGCCAUUGAGCAGGAGGAGACCAAGCAGACCCUCUCCGAGCUGGAGAGGAAGGUGCACUCCAAGCAGCAGCAGACCCCGGCCCAGAAGCAAUCGGAGGGCAGCGAGGAGGUUCCUCCGGCCAGCUCCUCCAUCCAGCCCCCAGUGGCUGCCUCCACGGAGAGCAUCAUCGACAAACUGGACCGUGUGCAAUCGGAGCUCUCGAGUGGACUUCUAUCCGGCAAGUACCCCAUAAUCAGCCAGAUGGACUCCUCCACACCCGCCACCAGCACCACCGUGGGAACGGGGCCCGGCAAAUUCGUGCCCCACAUCAGGAAGUACCAGCCCAGGACCACAUCUGCUCCCAGAACCACCAGCAGUGGCAGCAAGUUGAAGGUGCAGCACUUCGAUGACGGAGAAAUGGACGAGCUGGCCACUCUGCUCCCGGUGGGCUUCAAGCCCAGGCCCAGCUACAAAAAUCGAAAGAUCACCACCACAACUUCCACAACAGAAGCGCUACCAGCUGAGGCAUCGAAACCAAAACCAGGACGCAACUCGACCAUCAGUCGAUCCUUCAAGAGUGGUCAGGUCACCGUGCAGGAUGUGGCUCAGGCGGGGCUACUGCCCAAGGGUUACAAGCCACCGAGGACAACCUCCACGACGACCACCACCGAAAAACCAGAUGAGAGCAGUCCUAAUCCUUCCUCCGGCUUGGAGAGCCUCUUCAGCGUGAUACAGUUUGAUGAAAAGUUGGCUUCACUGCUGCCCAAGGAUUACAAAUUGAGCAGUACUGCCAAGCCGAAGGAGAACACCACCACGCCAAGUCCGUCGACCACUCCAAGAAAUCUCCCUGUGGCGGUGCCUUUCGAUGAUCUGAGUACGUUCCAGUUGCCUCCUGGCUACAAGGCUCCCGAGUUGAAGGCGGAACCCAAGCUGCCACCGGGUGUGACUCCCAUCAAGAUAGAUAGUUUGAAAGAUCUGCUCCCGCCUGGAUUCAAGCUAAAUGAAACUGAGAGCGAUAACAGCGAUGAGAUUCCAGCUUCCCUGCUGCCACCUGGCUACAAAUCCAAAAAGCUGCAUCCCGCCUCCACCACCAGUACAACAACGACAACAACAACGAGUAAACCGAAGGCGGUGGCUUCCAGCACCACUGAAGCAGCGAUGACAGAAAGUGCCGGAGGAAGUGGCUUGAAGGUGGUGUUCCCAAAGGGCUUCCACAAGAGACUGGGCUCCCACCGCCUGACAACACCACAUCCCUCUGCAGAGGGUGCUCCUACCGAGUCCUCGAACUCCAACCUGCAGGUGAUGAUCAAGAAGGGACCACCGACACGGGCCACCACCGAAUUCACCGGCUGGCCAACACCGCCCACCACGCCACUUUCCAUUGACAAGCUGAACGCCCAGACCAUUAACUUUGAGGAUCUCCUGACCGCCAGCGGAACCAGCAGUACCACCAGCACCACCACCACUUCAACGAGCACCACUACGACGACCACUCCGCGACCCACCAAACCGGGACACUGCACCGCCGACUGCGACCUGGCAGCCACCAUAAAGAUCAUCGAUGGUGUGGCCUGGAAGCCCGAGCUCCUGGAUCACAACACCUUGGAGUGGAAGAACCUGGCCCACGAGCUGGAAGCACAGCUGAACGAUGUUUAUUCCGGAGCUCCACAACUGAACAAGUGGUACAAGAAGGUGCGCAUCGACAGCUUCAGCAAGGGCAGCGUCCUAGUCGACUACUAUGUGGAGCUGGCCAACAUCACCGAGGAUGUGGACACUCUGGAGAUCCGGCAGCUGUUCCACGAUGCCCUCACCAAGCCAGCGACUCCUGUUCUGCCCGACAAGGAUGCCCAGGAGAAUGAGACGGACAGUGUGUCGGGACCGCAGGAGGAGCAGCUGGUCACGGCCAGCUAUCAGAUGGGCAAAUACAUCAUUGAUCCGGUGGCCACGGACUUUAGUGUCAUCGCGAAAAAUGUUCACACAAAUGUUGAGUUCGCUGAGGAGGAUCUGCUAAUUCCCCAGUGGGCCAUUGUGGUCAUCGUGAUUGGAGUGGGUUCUCUGGUGUUUGUCGUCAUUUUUGGAGUCACAGUGCUGCUUAAUCGCCAGAAGAGGGCCAAGAAAACGCCCAUUCCUUUGACCAAUGAUAUGCUAAAUGAGCUGAAGGUCAAUCAUAUGGGCGGGGCGGACAACUAUGGCGUGGAUGACUUCUAUAAUAUUGACGACCCGUGGAACGAUACCAAGCAACCUAUUAAGCCGAAGCGCUUCACCAACUCCAUGCACGGCAGCAACAGUUCCAACAUCUACGACAGCUGGCGCUCCACCCGCCAUCCGCACACCAGCGGGGACUACUUCUACGACCAGCAGCCGACCUAUUCCCAGAAGGGCGACUCGCUGAAGAGGCCGCAGCUCCACCAUGGGAACCACAGCAGCCACAGCCACAGCCACCACCACCAGGCGCCGCAGCAGCACCAGCAGGCGUACGGACACCAGUAUCCGGAUGCCUUCGCCGAUGCCCACCAGAUGUACAGCUACAACAACCACGCGAGUCGGACGCGCUACGCCCGCGACUAUGAUCCCGACUUUUGAGCGGGAUCUCCUUGACUGGACCAUCCGUGCACUAGCUUUAGUAACUUGCGAACGAUUUUGAGUUGUAACUUAAUAGCGUAACGAAUCGUAGUUGUAAUGCUGAUAUAAUUUAUCGUACUGCCUGCUGGCUUGGCUCAAAAGUCGCCCACUUUUCAGUACCCACAGCCAGCCGUAGCUUAACUAAGCUAGCUAUCUACUUUUGUAUACUUAAUGGAGCUGCUAUAUCUGGAUGCCUUACACUUCCGUAUACGUAUGAAGGAAAUGCUUCUUAAUAGAACCUUGGGGCAUGCCCCGGAAAAUAAAUAGUCAUGCACUCUUAGUUAAUCCUAGGUCGUAUGUAAAACUAGAAACACUACAAUAUAUACUUUGUAUUAUUUAAAGUACUGGCGUCUUGCUAUAAUACUAAUGAUGUCUAAAUCUAGGCAAAUAAAUAAAUAAAUUAUAUAUACGGA